AAACUUAAUUAUGAGUUUUCUACGGCAAAGGAAGUACUGUUAUUGACAUAAAGAUAUAAUUCGAUACUAGUACUUUCAGUUUCUUCAAAAUGUUGCGUGCAGUCAAUACAGCAGUUGUUUUACAAAUAUGUAUCCUUCUAUUAAUGAAAUCUGUAUUUGGGAUGGCUCAGGCUCAGGAGUAUACAGUGUUAAUUUCACCUGCAUCAGCCAUGCUUAACAAGGGAGAGAACUUAACGGCAUUGUGUAACAUACCCGGGCUGUCUGCCCUGGACAUUAUCAGUAAACUCAAGGUCAGGUGGUACCACAAUGGCCGCCAGCUGACCAGUCUCUGUGAAUUCGAGGAGCCCUCUAUGUUCGACAAGUAUGCCUGUAGUGUGCUCUCCCCUCAGGCAAACAACCUCAGCUUAGAAUUUACCGUAAGAAACGUACAGAAGGCAGAUGCGGGGAACUUAACCUGUGAAGUGUUAAAACAAGUGAAGGAAGAAGGAAAAUGGGUCAGGGAUGACCUAAUAGCCAAAAAGUCCGUGGCCAUUAAUGUUAGGGGUAAGAAUAAUCCAGAAAAAAUAUUUGCACAGCCUCAUGAAAGCACAAGUGUUGAAGAAGUACAAGAAGAGUCACAAGACUAG